AUGCCGAGUGUAUACUACAUCAUGACAACUCAAGGUGGGUACAAAGUAGCAUACAAAAAGACCAUAUUGCCUCCUCGACCCUAUGACGGUCGUGGGUACAAAGAAGCAUACAAAAAGACCAUAUUGGCUCCUCGACCCUUUGACGGUGGGUACACCGUAGCAAACAAAAAGACCAUAUUGCCUCCUCGACCCUAUGACGGUGGGUACAAAACAGCAUACAAAAAGACCAUAUUGCCUCCUCGACCCUAUGACGGUGGGUACAAAACAGCAUACAAAAAGACCAUAUUGCCUCCUCGACCCUAUGACGGUGGGUACACAGUAGCAUACAAAAAGACCAUGUUGCCUCCUCGACCCUAUGACGGUGGGUACACAGUAGCAUACAAAAAGACCAUAUUGCCUCCUCGACCCUAUGACGGUGGGUACACAGUUGCAUAUAAAAAGACCAUGUUGCCUCCUCGACCCUGUGACGGUGGGUACAAAGAAGCAUACAAAAAGACCAUAUUGCCUCCUCGACCCUGUGUCAGUGGGUACAAAGAAGCAUACAAAAAGACCAUAUUGGCUCCUCGACCCUGUGACGGUGGGUACAAAGAAGCAUACAAAAAGACCAUAUUGCCUCCUCGACCCUGUGACGGUGGGUACAAAGAAGCAUACAAAAAGACCAUAUUGCCUUCUUGA